GGCGGAGCGAGCACGGCGAGACGCGGAAGUGCCUGUUAGUCGCGGCCCUGACAGGGAUCAGAGCACUUCCGGAAGAAGACGGAGCUGAGGGGCUGCGAUGCCUGAGACCGGGGGCAGAGAGAACAGAAAUCAGUGCAGAGAAUCAAGAUUUCCAUGAAAAAAUGUGAAUGUUUGAGGACCUCGAUGAACUUGCCUUAUCCAGCCGACAUGCCUGCUAAGUAGGACUUCGGGACACGUGGAGUGAAAUGGAGGCCGGAUCUAGUGCUUUCCGUGUCGAGUUCCCCGACUUCUCCAGCACCAUUUUGCAGAAAUUAAAUCAUCAACGUCAGCAUGGUCAGUUAUGUGACAUCUCAGUCGUAGUGCAAGGCCACCUCUUCCGAGCCCAUAAAGCCGUGUUGGCGGCAAGUUCUCCCUACUUCUGUGACCAGGUGCUACUGAAAAACAGCAGGAGAGUGGUUUUGCCUGACGUCAUGAAUCCCCGAGUAUUUGAAAACAUCCUUUUGUCCUCGUACACUGGAAGACUGUCGCUCCCUGCUCACGAGAUCGUCAGUUAUCUGACAGCAGCAAGCUUUCUUCAGAUGUGGCACGUGGUCGAUAAGUGUACAGAACUUUUAGAAGGUAACCCUACUCUGUUGUGUCAUAAAACAAACGUCAGCAGUGACCACCAGUCUCCGAGUAGCAGCAACUACAAUAGUCUGAGCGAAGGCUUUGAACUUGGGACAGUAGGGCAGGUAGAGUUUCGAAAGGGCGAAGAGAUACGAGAUGUUGAAAAUGAGGAAGAAAGUCCUAAAGAUGAUGAACUGUCCUCCCAACUCACUGAACAUGAGUACGUACCGAGCAACUCUUCGACUGAACAUGACCAGCUCAGUACGGAGAUGACCAGUCAAGACGGAGAAGAAGCAGCCAGCGAUAGCGCCGAAUAUCACUACACUCGUCCUCUCUACAUGAAACCGAGCAUCAUGUCCCACAAGAGAUGGCUCCAUAUCAAACCAGAAAGGUUUCAGCAAGAGUGUGAAGGCAUGGAAGUGCAUCCUCCAUUUGAAGACCAUGUUUCAGAGUCCAUCAAUGCUGGCCCUAUAGAACCGCCAAUCCAGUCCUCUGGCGUCGGCGAUACGUUUGACCUUUGCGGCAAAAAGACAGGGGAACUAGAGGGUCACGGCAACACGACGCGUUAUGAUGAACAAGUUGAUUUUUAUGGAGCUUCCAUGGAAGAGUUUUCUGCAGAUCGAGAUGAUCACGUUGACGCACAUGGAGUGGAAAACUCCGCAGCUCCCUACGGGGAAGGAAUACAGGUAGCUGCGGGGAUUAAAGAAGAAACCUCUCCGUCCGGUUUCACCGCAGUCGUGUACAAACUGUACCCUUGCCAGUGUGGCAAAAGUUUUACGCACAAAAGCCAGAGGGAUAGGCACAUGAGCAUGCACCUUGGUUUGCGCCCGUAUGGAUGUGGCGUCUGCGGCAAGAAGUUUAAGAUGAAGCACCACUUAGUAGGUCACAUGAAGAUCCACACGGGGAUCAAGCCGUACGAGUGCAAUAUCUGUGGCAAACGCUUCAUGUGGCGCGACAGCUUUCACCGACAUGUGACCUCUUGUUCAAAGUCAUAUCAUGCUUCAAAAGGGGAGCUACCGGCACCGACUGAAAGCUAAAGAACUGGUGUGUUUGGUCAGCUCCAAGAUGUCCGCAUUUACAAACACUACAUCGUUUUUUUUUUUUUUUCAUGAAAG